AUGGCUGUCUCGGCUACCUCAGUUGCACCUUUGCUCGCAAAAGUAGUAUCCAGGGGACGCAUUGAGCAGUCGAAAUCGAAGUUUCUUGCUCCAAGCUCAAUAUCGUCAAUUUCAUGUCAAUCCACUUUAAUUUCAUCUCGUUUCCAUCGGCGCAAGCCAUUCGUAAUUCAGGCGUCGGUUUCGAUCUCGGAUCCUCAAGUUCGAACGGGUCCUGAUGAUCUCGUUGCGUCCAUCCUCUCGAAGGUUACAGGAAGUGAUAGAGGAGUUUUACUAACUGAAGGAAAACAUAAAGAGGUUGCCGAAUUGGCUCAAGAAUUGCAAAAAUAUUGUGUAAACGAGCCUGUUAAAUGUCCUCUCAUAUUUGGAGAUUGGGAUGUUGUUUAUUGCUCUGUGCCAACAUCGCCUGGGGGUGGAUACAGAAGUGCAGUGGGUCGCAUUUUUUUCAAGACAAAGGAAAUGAUUCAGGGUGUGGAAGCUCCUGAUACUAUCAGAAACAAGGUGUCCUUUUCUGCUCUUGGUUUCCUAGAUGGACAGGUCUCUUUGACAGAAUUAGUCGCUCCUAACUUUGUACCUCAAGAAACUAAAUCAGCUGUCCAUGGUCAUUCAGACCUUAGAUUAAGUGUUACUUCUCAAAAGUCAUCUUUGUAA